AAGCGCACUGCGCAAGAGAAACCAGGCGAUUGUCAGAUUUUUCUCUCAUCUUUCGGGCGUGAAAACUUCAUCUGAUGUUUCUCCAUAAAGUCGUCUGUUCACAUUUGGUGUAAGCCCGCUAUAACAAACAGCAUACAUGUAUACCGAACAAGAAACAACAACAUGGCCACGCUUUGGGAGCAGCUGUAAACCAGUCUCGAGACCAAAUGCGCAAAUGUGACUAGCCAUGAAUAACAGUCAAGAUGAAUAAACAUAACUAAUAUUAUAUAAUUACUUACUCUUCCUCAACCUCUAGAUAUAUCACUCCCAGGUACAAGUUGACAGCCACCCAGCGCACCGCCACAUCAACACAGCGCCCAGCCAGCACGCCCCAGCCCCUAACCAAAAGCCCCCAGAAGCCCAUCCCUGGCGCGACCCCAAUUGAUGCCAGCGUGGAUGUUGCCGCCGCCGCGCGCGCCUCGCAUCGCCUCGCCUCAGCAUCAGCUACGAAGCUUCGUUUCUCCCACUUCAACAUUUCACCACUCAGCCACGUCAAAGAGACAACCACCCCCCCGCGCUCCUUUAAAACAAAAAAGACGAUAUACGAGAUAGACUUAACUCUCCCCUUAAAACCCCCCAUUCUCUCUCUCUCUACAUUCUUUUGAUUCCCGGUUCAUUACACCAAAGCUUUCCUAACAAUGCUCGACAAGCUCGUCGGUUUCACCAUGCUGGUGGCCGCCUCCGUCAUCUUCCUCUACUACACCAUCUGGACCCUCCUCAUGCCCUUCGUUGACGACGACCACCCCCUUCAGAACCUCUUCCUCCCUCGCGUCUGGGCCAUCCGCAUCCCCGUCAUCCUUCUCCUCCUCGGUUCCGCCGUCGUCGGCUCCUUCGUCGGCAUGGUCAUGAUCCGAAGCAACCAGAAGAAAGCUGCCAAGGCCAAGGCUGCCGCUAAGAAGAAGGCUUAAAAGGAAAAAUAAAAAAAGGGAGGGAGAAUGAACACCAUAAUACCGAACCUUAUAUGUAUAUGUACCCAUCUAUGUGCGAGAAACGAAUGACCCGUCAUCUAUGCAGGAGAUAACCCAGGGGACUUGUUAGAAUUGGUCAUGGCAAUAAAAAAUUAAUAAUACUUUUGCACAAACAUGCACGGGAAUUGAAUUUUUACUU